GGGGGGCGGGGCCUCGGGGUGACCCUGCCGGCGCGGGCCGCGUUUGGCCGCAGAGCCGCUCGAGCAGCAGCAGUCAGCGGAGAGCCUGGUCCUCGCGGAGCUGCCACCAUGCCCAAGUGCCCGCGUUGCCAGAAGGAGGUCUACUUCGCUGAGAAGGUUACCUCCCUGGGGAAAGACUGGCAUCGACCAUGCUUGAAGUGUGAGAAAUGCAACAAGACCCUGACUUCAGGCGGCCAUGCUGAGCAUGAUGGGAAGCCCUAUUGCAACCAGCCGUGCUACUCUGCCUUGUUUGGACCCAAAGGAUUUGGCCGGGGCGGAACUGAGAGUCACACAUUCAAGUAAACCUCAGGGCUGGAUGGAGAGGAUUCCUUGUGGAGCCGGAGGACAGCGCAAGCACCUUGACAAAUGCAUUUUUAAUUCACUAUGUAAUUAACUAGCACAUUAAAAGCAAUAAAUUACCUAGAGGAAUUUAGCUGGCA